UCACGCUCUCCCUCUCGCACUUCAAAAGAUUGAUGAUAAACGAUACAUUCCAGUUUUCGAAAUUCAAUCCUCGCCCAACUUUUCGGACAACGAGAAUUCUCUCUCCGAUGGCAACAACUGCUCUGUCUUCCCUCUCCAAGAAGUUAAGCAAGUCCUAUGUUGUUCUUCUCAUGAUCUUCUUUAGCUGUUUGUUGCGGCCGUCGGAGGCGACCGACAUUCUCGUUCCUGGUCAGGACUUGAGGGACAACAAGACUUUGGUCUCAUCCAAUAAAGUGUUUGAGCUGGGAUUCUUCAACACUGGUGGGUCUUCCUCAAGCAACUACUACUUGGGCAUUUGGUUCAGGGACGAUCCUUACAAGAAACCGGUCUGGGUCGCGAAUCGAGAGUACCCACUUAUUGAUUCAUCUGGGGUACUCUCCAUCAGGUACGAUGGGAACUUGGUGAUUUCUGAUAAAAGGCGGAUUCAGUAUUUAGUCAAUGCUGUGAUGCUAUCUCCUAGUAAUAGCACAAGCAGCAUAUUGCUUGAUUCUGGUAAUUUUGUUCUGAUGGAAGGCAUUAGCACAGUUUGGGAAAGCUUUUACUAUCCAACAGACACUUUCCUACCCGGCAUGAAACUUGGGUUUUUCGAUAUAGGCACUGAUAAGAUGAGAAACCCGUACCUAGUUUCGUGGCAGAGCCCAUCUGUUCCCUCCACCGGUUCGUUUGUUCUCACUCUACCCAGAAAGAAUAAGACCCAACUUGGAGUGUGGCACCACGACGAGGUUUUUCGACAGAUCGGUUACUAUGAUGGUCGGAGAUUCAGAUUCCUAUUCAACAGCUCGCUCAAUGAGUACAAUUUCACUUAUGUGUCUAGCAUUACUGAGAUUUACAUAAGUUUUGCUAAUAAGGGAAACGACAUUUUUUCCUGGUUCGUUAUAUCCCCAUCAGGAGAAAUUCAGGCUUUCUCAAUGAUUGGGAAGGAAAUUUCAGUAGUGUAUAGUCCGAUAUGUGCAAAUACUUCAUCUAACAAUGCUGCUGACUGUUAUAUAGAGAAGCCACCCUUGUGUGCAGAUGGUAAUAACUUUUCGAGGACAGAAGGGUUCAUGCCAAAUCCUAAUGUUUUCAAUGAAUCCGAUGGUCUGGGCAUAAGUGACUGCGAAAUAAUGUGUCGGAGUAAUUGCUCCUGCACUGCUUUCACUUCGUAUCGUGAUGACAGCACCGGAUGUCAGUUUUACUACGGAGAUAUAGAGUUUACUAUGGGUGAAACCGGCCAAGGAAACAGAACCAUGUUUGUUCGUGGGAAUUUCACUAAAACAACUUAUAUGCUUCCAAGGAAUUCUGGUCAUCGGAGAAAGAGGCUGCUCUGGCUGAUACUAACCAUUUCCCUAGUUGUAUUCAUCAUUUCAGCUUUAGUUGUUAUCUCAAGAUGGAAAAGUCACACCUGCAUAGCAGCAUGGAAAGAGAAAGGAAAAAAACCGAAAAGGAGCCUGGAGUUGUUCCUGAUGCAACUGGAGUCUGAUGUCUCAUUGGACAAUCGAGACAGCCACACUAGUAAACUAAAAUCUGUCAGAAAGAGAGAUCGUGAGCUACCGAUUCUCGGCUUUUCUUGUUUGUCAGUGGCCACAAAUAACUUUUCCCCAGUGAAUGAACUGGGCGAGGGUGGUUUCGGGCGCGUUUACAAGGGUACGUUGUUGGGGCAUGAAAUUGCUGUCAAGCGACUUUCUAGGAAGUCUGGACAAGGACCAGAGGAGUUCAAGAAUGAGGUUCAGUUAGUUUCGAAGCUCCAGCACAGGAACCUUGUCAGGUUGCUGGGUUGUUGCAUCGAGAGAGAAGAGAAAAUCUUGAUCUACGAGUACAUGGCUAACAAAAGCUUGGAUUCCUUUCUUUUUGAUCCUCACAAGAAGCCACUUCUAGAAUGGAAGAGACGCAUGUUUAUCAUCCAAGGAAUAGCACAAGGACUUCUUUAUCUGCACCAGUAUUCCAGAUUAAGGAUCAUCCAUCGUGAUCUGAAGACCAGCAACAUUUUGUUGGAUAAAGACAUGAACCCUAAAAUAGCUGACUUUGGGAUGGCAAGAAUUUUCGGAGAAAAUCAGGUGCGGGCGAAGACAACUAGGGUCGUCGGGACAUAUGGUUAUAUGUCUCCAGAGUAUGCCGUGCACGGCCUUUUCUCUACAAAGUCUGAUGUAUUCAGCUUUGGAGUGAUUAUGCUGGAGAUCAUUAGCGGAAGAAGGAACACAACCUUCACUCAUUCGGAUCGCUCUCUAAACCUGCUAGGAUACGCUUGGGAAUUGUGGAAAUCUGGACAAGGGGGUGAGUUAAUGGACCUUGUAUCAGGUGAACCGCCUUUCUUGAUAGAAUUUUCUCUGUGCCUACACAUUGCACUGUUGUGCGUACAAGAGCAUCCAGAAGAUAGGCCAGACAUGUCGGAUGUUGUUUCAAUGCUGAGUAAAGGAAGUUCCAAUAUGCCUUCACCGAAAGAAGCGGCGUUUUCUUCACAAGUAGGGUAUCGUGGUCCACAAGAGCACCGAGAUUUCUUGUCGAGCGAGAUAACCUAUUCCACGGUGGAAGCAAGGUAGCAAGUCAAAUUCGAAGACAAGAUCCUUGUACAGAAAACUGUGUAUACAGCACCAUCAUUCAGCUUGUUGUUGCAAUAUUUUGUUCUGUUCUGAUGUUUGUUGGUGUGGUUAAUCCGUAGAUAUAAACAAACUCCUGAUUCUUUUUAUGCUGUGAAUCGAAAUGGGGGCUCUUCGAAGCAUUGUUCAUG